AGUUGAAAACGAAACACUGAACAGUGCAGAUCGAAAUAUUUAUUAUUUAACUUUCUUUUCCAUAGUUUAAAUAAAAUGAAUAGGAUAUUGAAGAUAGGAAUAGAUUUCCUGUUAUUAGCAGUUCCUGCAUUUACGGCUUUAAUGCUGAAUUUAUACGUUGAUCCAUUCCAAAGAGGAUUGUUCUGUGAUGAUGAGAAUAUUAGAUAUCCUUAUAGAGAUGAUACAAUAAGUACACUUACUAUAGCUUUGGUGGGCGGGAUUUUUGGUGUAUUACUAAUAAUAAUCGUGGAGACAAUACUUAAAGCUUCAAAUGAUACAUUCUACACAAGUGAUUCACGCGGCAUUAUGGUCUAUAAAUGGAAGAUAUCACCUUACAUUCAAAAUCUUUAUCACUUCAUCGGUUUUCUUUUGUUUUCCAUGUCAAUAAAUCAAUUUAUUACUGACGGAACCAAGUUUGCAGUUGGAAGAUUGCGGCCUCACUUUAUAGACCUCUGUCAACCAAGAUUCCCGGGCGGAACUACAUGUGAAAAUUCAAUAAAUUAUAAUCGAUAUAUUCGAGAUUUUGUGUGUACUAGUGGUGCUCCAGAAAGCUCUUUGAAAAACGGCAGAUUAUCAUUCCCAUCGGGUCACACAAGCUUCGCAUUUGUCACAGCAAUUUAUUGUGUGUUUUAUUUGGAAUCUCGCAUGAGAUACAAUGGGUCUAAAUUAUUGAAGCACUUCAUUCAAUUAUUUUUCAUCUGUGGUGCUCUUUAUACUGGAUUAUCGAGAAUUUCGGACUACAAGCAUCACUACACAGACGUAUUAGCUGGUCUUAUACUCGGAAGUUUGAUUUCAUAUGUCGUGUGCUUCCACAUUUCAAAGCUUUUUAAAAAGAACAAAUAUUUUGACAGUGACGCUGAUGUUUGAGACUGUUUUGUGAUUACAUGCUGAACGUGCAUUCUAGUGAUAUAAGUUUUGUGCUUUAACUUACCCUGUUUUUUCGUUAUAAGCUAGUAGCUUAGAAGAAUAAAAAAGUAAUUUUUUUGGAUCACUAGUAGCUUAGUAACGAGUAGUA